AUGCUAACAAAAAUAUCGUCUGAUCCGAAGUAUUUGAUCAAUUGGCGGGAAGAGGAUUUGAAUUCGCAAACAGCUAAACAAAAUCCAAUAUGGCCCCUACUAGUUUUGAGUAAAUUAAAUUCAAUAAAAAGUCCUAUCCUGGGACUACAUGAAAACACUAUGUCCCUAAUUAACUGGCUAAGAUCCGAUUAUAAAAACCGGACAAACAUAAAAAAUUUUAAUUUAAUAUUGUCGGCCAGUGAGUUAGUUACGUUAGUACACCAAGUUGGCGACCACGAAAAAGCCUACCAAAUAUUCACUGAAUUAACCAAAGAAUAUGGAAAUAAUUUUGACUCAGUUACUUGUUCUAUGCUCAUUGAGGCUAUAUCAAAGACAUCAAAAUGGAUGGAUUGUUUUGAAUUAAUAAAAAACUUACAGUUAUUGGAUAAAAAGUUAAAUUAUAAACUAUUCACCCCAAUAUUAUCAGCUGCUUACAGAGAAAAUGAAAUGAGCAUCGUUCAGAAUUUAUUAGAAGAUUUAAAUGGUGUAGACCGAAUCCCGAGAAAAGAAUUUUUUGAAGAAAUCCUAAAAAACAAAGACACAAAUUACUUAUUUAAAAUAAUUAAAAAUUACAAAUGGGUUCUGGACGAAGAAUUAGUGGAAGUGAUUAGGGAAUUUUAUAAAAAAAAGAUAGAUGGCAGUGAUGUUCUUAUCACUGAUGUUAAAAUAUCUGGUUGUACCUGCCAGUCGUGUGGCACCAAAUUUCCAACAACUCAACAGCAGCUAACAGCAGAAAUUGAACUAAACACGCUGAGAGAAAAGUUUAAGGAAAGGGUUUUUAUUAAAAAUGAUGACAUCUUUCAGACCUCAAGUCCUGAGGAGAUGAAGAGUUUCAUAAAGUUUAUAGAGAGCCAAAUCAAGUAUGACGUGGUCAUAGAUGCCUUGAAUGUCUUUUAUCAACUUAAUAGUAACAGGUGGAUUGGAAAUAAAGAUUUCAUGCUGGCUCAGUUGAUCAUGCAUUUCUUAAAAGGCAGUCACAGUAACAACAGCUUUAAUAAUAAUAAUAAUAAUAACAAUAAUAACAAUAAUAUCUUGAUUAUAACACGUUGCCACAUGAGAAGACAGCUAAAACUCGCUACUGAUAUAUGCCGGCCCAGAUAUAAUGUUGACUGGUUCUAUAUUGAAAAUGAUCACUACAACAACAGCAGCACCACACCAGGCUCCUUUACCAUUACACCAUCCAGUUCACAGGACGAUUUAUACUCCAUAUAUGCCAGUCUGCACGGAAGUCCCAACUGCCUCCUAGUCACCAAAGAUCAACUUAGAGACCAUAGAUAUUUAUUCGGGGACAGAGAGUCGAAGUUAUUCCACCGAUGGCAGACGAGACAUCAGGUUGUUUUCUUAGGGGUGAAUAAGAAGUUCAGCAAGAGAUUUGAUAAUUUUAAAAAGGGCAUUCCAGAGGAUUUGUUUCUAUUCCAGAUGCCACUGGAGAUCGAGCCGGAGCUACACCAACACGGAAUUUUGGGAAGAACCAAUAACAACAAUAAUAAUAAUAACAAUAAUAAUAAUAACAAUAAUAAUAAUAAAGAUAAUAAUGAUGACGAUAAUAAUGAUUACGUCAUUCAUAUACCUUACACAAAGAAGGAAGUUAAUACUUAUAAAUUCAAUCAAAUUUACUGGCUCUGCAUUAGAAAAUCUUUUUGUGGGAAUGGAAGUAAUUUUGUGAAAUAAGGGUUUCGAGAAAAAAGAAUGUCGAAUUUAGUUUGUUUUUUGUUCAAUCAAUCAAUCAAUCAAUCAAUCGAUCAAUCAAUUAUCAAUCAAUUAGUUUAUAAAGAUGUUCAAGAGCGCUUCUCAGUGAAUUUUGCAAGCAGAUGGGUCUUGAGAUCCGCUCUGAACUUCGUAAGUGAUGGAGAAGUAGUCAGAGAAGUAUAGAGUAUAAAUAGAAGAGGGCCAAGAAUAAAACCCUAAAGUAAGGUACCCAAAAGUAAAAGUCUAAAAUGCAAAACUCAAUUCACAUACAAAAAAAAAACAAGAAAUAAAUUUGAGAAAAACAAUUACAUUUUCGAUUUUAUAAACCAAAAUAAAUAUAUUAUUAAAAAUUUGUAACUGAAAAACGUUGCAAAAAAUCUAGUCUAUAAAAAAAACAGGCUUUUACCAUCUUAACAAUCAUUUUUUAUUAUGAAGACAUAUUAAGUGUUUACCGUUCUGAAAAAAAAUAUUUUACCAGAUUGUAUAAUAAAAUAUUUAUAAAAAUUUAUUUCGAAAAUUUAAAACAAUUAUCCUCAAAUAAAAGUUUGUAAUCUACAGCGGUUUUCGAUUUUACUGUCAAAAUUGUCAAAGAAAUUAUCCAAAAACUUCAUUUAUCUGAAGAAAAUUGUCUUUCGAAAAUGUUAAAUAGUUAAAAAACCGCCAAAAAUUAUUUCUACAUUGAUAAUACUAUCUAUAGUUUACUUAAUAAGACAAGUAAAAAUAGCCAAUAAAGAGAUUCUUAUAACUUAUAAAUUAUGGCUCAAAACAAGUUGAAAAGUUCAUCUGUCUUAACAAUUUCUAACGCGAGUUUUCAUUCAUUCAUAUUCUCAUAAAAUAAUACUGAAAUUAUUCAAAGUAGUAAAAUUAUUCAAACAUGAUACUGAGAAUUGGAUCUAGAAUACUGAUGAAUUAACGCCAAAAAUAUCUUCUUAUGAUUAUAAUCAUUAUUUCAGUAAGCAUUAUUAAUAUUUAUUAAUUAUGAUUAUUAAUGUGUGUAGUGUGUGUGUUUAUGUGUGUGUGUUUAUGUGUGUGUGUGGAUUGUGUGUGGUCAAUUAAUGAUUGAUAAGACCGGUCAGUUGCGCUUUCGACUUAUUCCAAUUGGCACCAGUUAAUCUAAGCUGAGGGCAGUUUGGUAUUUCCGUCGCUAACAGAGGUAUUGUUGUGGUAUCUGCCGUUGUUUCUGUGGUAUUCGCCGACGGUUGUGUGGCAUUUGUUGUGGAUUUUGUUGUAUUUGUGUUGUUUUCGUUGCUGUUGUUGUUGUUGUUGUUGAUGUCAUCGCUGACAUUCUGGCAUGUCUGAGUGACGUCUGGGAAAAUGUUGUUGAUUGAUGUCGGUGACGAUGUCAUUGAGUUCGAGUAUAUGUGCUGCCGGGCUGGGGCCAAGUCGGCCAAACUUUGCAUGCAGCUGGUGAUGUUGCUGCUGUUGUUGUUGCUGCUGCUGCUGCUGUUUUUAGCCAGCAGUAGCUGCUGGCUAGUCUCGUUCAGCCAUUGGUUGAUAGCAGCCUCGUCCAUACCAGCUGGGCAUUUGUCCAGCAUUUUCAACUUCAUCAGCUGUUCAUUCAUCGAUGACGUCA